UAUCGUUAUCGUGCCUUUUCUGCUCUUAAAAUUUCUGAAAGGAUGUCUGUAUGGAUUAUAAAUUGUUGAGAAUUAUAGAGAUGGUGAUUUUAUCUUAGGGCCAAAACUCUUUUAAAAUUCUUUAGUUGUUACAUCUAAUAGUAAAGACGGCAUUUAAUGAAUAAUUUCUUAUGAGACAGUUCUUUUCGUAGGUUUUUAGAUUUUAUGAAAGUCUGGCGAAAAAAUAAACAGCGCCUGGAAUAUGGGCAUAGAAUUAAUAAACGGGGAAGGCGAUCUGGUAGUAAAAUUGUUGAAAAACAAAGUAUGCCGCUCGCAUUGAUAUCAGAUCCUUGGCAGCGUAUGCAAAUUCAAGAUGUUAAACAAGAUGAGGAGUUAUUUGUGAAUAACCAGCAUUCAGCAAUUAGCAUCACACCACCAAUUGAUGACAAAUUUUGUGUAAGCUCAAUUUUGUUUUGCCUCCUCAAGCAGAAAGUAUGGCUGCAGAGGAAGAAAUUCCACAGCCAAUGGAAGAUAUGGAUACUAAUGAGGUAGCUGAAGGUUUACAUGAAAUUGAGCUGACCAGUAUAACGAAAGAAGGUUAUCCGAAAGGGGCUCCAGAUCAGUUUAAACUUCUACAAGUUUUAGGUCAAGGUUCAUUUGGAAAAGUGUUUUUAGUUAAAAAGAUGGUUGGACCAGAUUCUGGUAAAUUGUAUGCCAUGAAAGUAUUGAAGAAAGCAACAUUGAAAGUGCGAGACAGAAUGCGAACGAAGAUGGAACGAGAUAUUUUAGCUGACAUUCGACAUCCCUUUAUUGUGAAACUUCAUUAUGCCUUUCAAACUGAAGGGAAGCUAUAUUUAAUCUUAGAUUUUUUAAAAGGUGGCGAUCUCUUUACUAGACUUAGCAAAGAAGUUAUGUUUACUGAAGAAGAUGUAAAAUUUUAUUUGGCUGAACUUGCUCUAGCAUUAGAUCAUUUGCAUAGUUUAGGUAUCAUUUACAGAGAUUUGAAACCAGAAAACAUUCUUCUUGAUGCAGAUGGACAUAUCAGCCUAACAGACUUUGGCCUUUGUAAAGAAGCUCUUAGUGAUCAAAAGGCCUAUUCAUUCUGUGGUACUGUGGAAUACAUGGCUCCUGAAGUUAUCAACAGAAAAGGCCACACUACGGCCGCUGACUGGUGGUCAUUUGGCGUCUUAAUGUUUGAAAUGCUGACUGGUGCCUUGCCUUUUCAAGGGUCAAAUAGGAAGGAAACAAUGAUGCAGAUUUUAAAAGCCAAAUUAGGUAUGCCACAGUUCUUAAGCCCUGAAGCUCAAAGUCUGCUAAGAGCUUUGUUUAAAAGAAAUCCAGCAAAUAGAUUAGCAUCUGGUCCUAAUGGUAUAGAAGAAAUGAAAGUUCACCCUUUCUUUGCGACAAUAGAUUGGCGAAAGCUCUACGAUCGUGAAACUAAGCCACCGUUCAUACCAGCCGUUUCCAGAUCAGACCAUACAGUUUAUUUUGAUAAAGAAUUCACAAAUCGACCUCCUGAAGAUUCCCCUGGCUGCCCUCCUAGUGCUACUGCCCAUGAACUAUUCCGUGGAUUUAGUUUUAUUGCUCCUAGUUUUGUUGAUGAAACAUGUGCCAAGAACAAUGAAAAUAAUCAAAAAAGUCAGAAAAUAGACAGAAGCUUUGUUGUAAAGCAUUUCAUCACAAAAGAUUAUGAAAUUACGGAAGAAUUAGGUAGAGGUUCUUUUUCUGUCUGUAAAAAAUGCAUCUACAAAGAAAACGGAAAAGAAUAUGCUGUGAAGAUUAUUGACAAAUCAAAGAGAGAUUGUGAUGAAGAAAUUGAAAUUUUGUUUAGAUAUAGUGGACAUAAAAACAUCGUCACUCUAUAUGAUGUAUAUGAAGAUUCCUCUUCUGUGUAUCUAAUAAUGGAACUUCUAACGGGUGGGGAAUUGUUGGAACAGAUAUUAAGAAAAAAAGUCUUGUGUGAGAGAGCAGCCAGUACCAUAAUUGAAGUAAUAACAAGAACAAUAUGUUACCUACAUGAGCAAGGGGUGGUGCACAGAGAUUUGAAACCUUCGAACAUUAUGUAUUCUGACAACAGUGGAAACUGUGAUUCCCUAAGGAUAUGUGAUUUUGGUUUUGCCAAACAGAUUCGUGCCGAGAACGGUUUACUGAUGACCCCAUGUUAUACAGCCAACUUUGUUGCUCCAGAAGUCCUCAGGAAGCAAGGAUAUGAUGAAGCAUGUGAUAUAUGGAGUUUGGGUGUUUUAUUAUAUACCAUGCUUGCUGGUCAAACUCCUUAUGCAACUGGUCCAGAAGAUAAAGCAAAUGAUAUACUCAUGAGAAUAGGAGACAACAGCGUAGACUUGAAUUCUGGAAAUUGGGUAUCCAUUAGCUCCUAUGCCAAAGAUUUGGUGAAGAUGAUGCUGCAUGUGGAUCCCAAGCAAAGGUGUAGAGCGGCAGAUAUCCUUAAUCAUCCAUGGAUACUCAAUAAAAGUCAGUUACCUGAUAGUCAACUGGUGCUUGAAACAGAUCCAACAGAAACUUUGGGUGCAGUUGCAGCCACGUACCGUGCUAUCCAUACCACAAACCACAUACCUUUAAAGCCCGUGGAUGCUUCGAAAUUGGCUCGGAGAAGACAGAGAAGUCGCCCUAAAUCCACUGAUUAAAUUAGAAGACUCACUCUCUGAGGCAGCUUAAUAAUAGUUAUUUCCAAUCUUGAUAUGACCCAAACAGUCAAUAGAUAAUAUGUGUGUGGUUUCAUUGAUUGUUUGCCUCUUUGCUUUAGUAAAAUAUUGUUGUGAAACAUCAAAAACUUCCAUAGAAUAUUAUGAUUUUGCAAGUGGAAGAACAUGUUCUGUAAUCUUUAUGACUAAGAAAGCUUUCUAGAACUGAUCUAAUCACAUGAAUUGAGGAAGUUUCUUUCCAUUUGGGAGAGGCCAAUAAAUGGUGAACCUUAAUUACUAUGAAAAAAUAGUUCUGCUGCUGUAAAAAAGCAUUGCUUUAGGGCGUGCCAGAAGAUUUUUUCCCCACAGGUACCAUUAAAAUACCGUGAAAACGAAUUGAAAGAUUCCUAAAUUAUCUGUGACUUUUUAUCUUCUGCGAAAGGGUCUCCUCAAACCCCGUGUGAUUAAGAAUGUGUGUCAUAAUGGUACUCAGCCGCUACUACGUAUGAGAUUGAGAAGCUGCUUUAUUUUAAACAGGAUCAAAUGUGUUUUACACAGCAUAACAUGUUCUUCCAUAAAGCUCUUUAAUUUUAUGCAUCUGUGUAUUUAAUAAAAUGUAGGUUUAAUGCAGAACAUUUAUCAUGAAUCAUUGCUAUAAAAAGAAAGUGAUAUGAUAUGUGCCAAUCUGUGAUUUGAAAAUGAGAAGUACUUUUUUCCUAAGAUGUAAUAAUUGGUCUAUCACAAAGUGUUGUUGUAAAUGCUAUCUUUAGUUUUACCUCAAAGUUGCAUGAUGAAAAAUAUUUUUAUAUAUAUAAACUUUUUCUAAUUCUUUGUGAAGUGAAAUGCCUGCAAUUUUUAGGUGUUUCGGUUUUGUGUUUCUAUUUCAAAGAAUGUUGAGUUUAUUUAGCUAGUCUUAAACUCUUUGCAUUUUAUUUUUUACUAUGCACUAAUAAUAUUUUUGAUUUUAGUAAUAUUAAAAUUUUAGUUAAGUUAAAUCAUACAGUCUAACCUUGCUAACCAUGAUUUGGGAAAUAUCUUUAAGGGAGAAAAAAAUGCUAAAAAUAACCACAUUGUUUAAACAAAUGUCCAAAUUUACUAUCUUUUAGCGGUACCUUCAGAAAUUUAAUUUCAUUGAAAACUUUAGUUUCACAAAAUAAUUUUAAAAUAUUCUCAUAAUGAAAAUAACUCUUAGUUCUAGUACU